AUGGAGUUGAUCGCUCGUGCAUGGAGGGAAAUGAGAGGGAAAUUGAAAGACAAGAAGGAAACCAUAAGUACACUGCAGAUGGAACUAAUUGCAGUGCAGGAGAUAAAAACCCUAAAACAAAGCCUUCCUCAGACUCAGGCCCAGGCAACCAUCCCCCAGGUAGCAGGGAAUACAUCAGUGGCAGGGACCCCUAUAAUGGGUGCCACUUUUCCUGAAAUGCUGAGGAAGAGCCCAGAAGCCAUGUCCACAGUCAAGGAAGUGGCCAUGAAAGCAGUGGUUGAUAGUGUAAAGGAUUGUAACGUUAUGUACCUCGACCUCAGCAAGGUUUUUGGUAAAGUGUCUGACGAAAGACUAAUAAGAAAGUUGGGUAAUGUUAUCGUUAUCUCGAAUCAAACAGCUCGUACUGAAGAGACUGGUCCAACGCAGGCUCGUACUGAAGAGACUGGUCCAAUGCAGGCUCGUACUGAAGAGACUGGUCCAACGCAGGCUCGUACUGAAGAGACUGGUCCAACGCAGACUCGUACUGAAGAGACUUGUCCAACGCAGACUCGUACUGAAGAGACUGGUCCAACGCAGGCUCCUACUGAAGAGACUGGUCCAACGCAGACUCGUAUUGAAGAGACUGGUCCAACGCAGACUAAAACUGAAGAGACUGGUCCAAAGCAGACUCCUACUGAAGAGACUGGCCCAACGCAGACUCGUAUUGAAGAGACUGAUCCAACGCAGACUCGUACUGAAGAGACUGGUCCAACGCAGGCUCGUAUUGAAGAGACUGGUCCAAUGCAGGCUCGUACUGAAGAGACUGGUCCAAUGCAGGCUCGUAUUGAAGAGACUGGUCCAACGCAGACUCGUAUUGAAGAGACUGGUCCAACGCAGACUCGUACUGAAGAGACUGGUCCAACGCAGGCUCGUAUUGAAGAGACUGGUCCAAUGCAGGCUCGUACUGAAGAGACUGGUCCAACGCAGGCUCGUACUGAAGAGACUGGUCCAACGCAGGCUCGUAUUGAAGAGACUGGUCCAACGCAGGCUCGUACUGAAGAGACUGGUCCAACGCAGGCUCGUACUGAAGAGACUGGUCCAAUGCAGGCUCGUACUGAAGAGACUGGUCCAAUGCAGGCUCGUAUUGAAGAGACUGGUCCAACGCAGACUCGUACUGAAGAGACUGGUCCAACGCAGGCUCGUAUUGAAGAGACUGGUCCAAUGCAGGCUCGUACUGAAGAGACUGGUCCAACGCAGGCUCGUACUGAAGAGACUGGUCCAACGCAGGCUCGUAUUGAAGAGACUGGUCAAACGCAGGCUCGUACUGAAGAGACUGGUCCAAUGCAGGCUCGUAUUGAAGAGACUGGUCCAACGCAGACUCGUAUUGAAGAGACUGGUCCAACGCAGACUCGUACUGAAGAGACUGGUCCAACGCAGGCUCGUAUUGAAGAGACUGGUCCAAUGCAGGCUCGUACUGAAGAGACUGGUCCAACGCAGGCUCGUACUGAAGAGACUGGUCCAACGCAGGCUCGUAUUGAAGAGACUGGUCCAACGCAGGCUCGUACUGAAGAGACUGGUCCAAUGCAGGCUCGUAUUGAAGAGACUGGUCCAACGCAGGCUCGUACUGAAGAGACUGGUCCAAUGCAGGCUCGUAUUGAAGAGACUGGUCCAACGCAGGCUCGUACUGAAGAGACUGGUCCAAUGCAGGCUCGUAUUGAAGAGACUGGUCCAACGCAGGCUCGUACUGAAGAGACUGGUCCAAUGCAGGCUCGUAUUGAAGAGACUGGUCCAACGCAGGCUCGUACUGAAGAGACUGGUCCAAUGCAGGCUCGUACUGAAGAGACUGGUCCAAUGCAGGCUCGUACUGAAGAGACUGGUCCAAUGCAGGCUCGUACUGAAGAGACUGGUCCAAUGCAGGCUCGUACUGAAGAGACUGGUCCAAUGCAGGCUCGUAUCACACUCAGAACAGUUCAAAUCCGUCUCAGAACCCGUGUAAGGACUUGGCAAGUUUUCGACUCUGUCUCCCACGCCAAAAAUAAAAAUCAUACUCAAGUUAGAUUAAAACGUAACAGGUAUAUAAGGGCUUGGGCUCACUCCCUCGCAGACAGUGAUAGCUAUGUAUUGAUAGGAAAGUCCCUCACCACACUUCACCACGCCCUUCACCACAUCACAAUUGACGCCGCCUAA